GCGACUUGUAUGAAUAUUAGAUGUCGAAAUGCUGCAGUUGGUAGUGCAAUAUGCAAUAGUGGGAUGCAGGUUUGAUAAAAAGGGCUGGAGCUGGAUGUUGGAUGAUGGCUGAAUGACGAGUGGAGUGACGAGAUUCGGCAGCGGCUGGACGCGUUGAUUGGAUUGGGCCUGCGAGAUUUCGGGGCAAGCCGAAGGCCCUGGUCUUGAAAUGUACAGGGAGAUGCCCAGGAGGGAUUUUGCUAGCAGCACGUCAUGCAAGGCGGUUUUUCUUCUCUCUACAUCAAUUAAAGUGGCUGAGCGGGUGGCGUGUAAAGUGCCUUGAGAAGAGGGUGCCUUGAAGGUGGGAAGAGUUGAGGUUUGCUUGCAUCUACUCGUACAUACACUGGACAGUUCCAUGAUAUCCUCAACUCUUAUCAAUCACUAUCAAUCGCCAUCAUCCACCAUCAUCACCUCCGUGUAAGAGAUGAUGACCCCCAAUUCGCUUCGCUUCAGCUUCCUUGUGCAAAUAAAUAUAGACACUUGUACAAUCCCAGCCUCCACGCGCGUGCUUCGCGCGUCUCCUCUAGCGCAUCAUGCAAUGCACCAUCACGCACAGCUCGCAACCUCCCCCUGUCGCGCAUCCAAGGCGCAUCCCUGGCUCUCACGCAUCCCCACGCGUCCAUUGGCCUCCCGCCCGCCAAUCGUGGCAAAGCACUUUACCCGUCCCGGCAGACGCGUCAAUGGUCUCCGUACAGGAUGUAUGUACAAGAUGCAUGGCCAGCCGCCCGUGUGUCUCGCCGGCUCGCUUUUAUUGUCUUGGGGGGGGGCGAAAUCUGGGCGAACGAGAUCUGCCCUUUCCUGCCCUCUUCAUGUCUCGAUGCUCUUCCCUCCCAUCCCAUCCAGUACUUACAUUCCCCCCCUCUGUCUCUGGCAUCAAAUCAUAGGCAUCAAAUUUGAUAGCAGAGCCUCGUUCUUCCCCCCCUGCUGUAAAUCCCCUUCACUCAGCUCCCUCCAGUUCCCAGCUUCAUUCUCUCCCACUCUCCCCCAACCCCACAUUCGAGAAAAAGCCCACACAAAAUCUGAAAUCCCAUUAAACUUAAGCGAAUCGUCGGUGAGGCGCGUCGCGACAGUACCUCCCUCUUGCCAAUUUGCGCACGGACCUCUAUGUAUCUGCGACCAUCUUGUGAGCCGUCCGCUACUUCUGCCGCCCUCUGCCACCCUUCUGCUAGGCUGGAACGCUAGGCCCCCGUUUGGCCGUGUCUUGCGAGCAACCACUAGGCUUUAGCAGCUUUAGCAGCUUUAGCACCACCUUUAGCACCCAGUAGUGUGAGAGGGUAAAGGUACCCCUCAAGUAGCCCUUCGAGUAGCAGGAGUAGCAGGUACUCCAGGGCCGGCCGUUCAGACGCCUCGAGACAUGUACCGGCCGCCCUCUGGCCGCAUCGCCCUUCUCAAGUCCACAUCGCGCUUCUUCAGUGUUUAUUAGUACUCCCUCUGUCCCACUUGGGCCUCGCGCUCUUCUCCCCUCCCAUCUCUUCCCAUUUGCUUUUGUUAUUCGCCUCGCUC